GACUCUACCACAGCAGUACACACAUUCCAUCUCUCUCCCAAAGUCCCAAGCUCAUAAUUAGGCACCCAAAAUCUAGACAGAAAUGUCACCCCUCUCGAAGCCAAGAGCAGCCACAAGAGCUCUCCAACACAUCAUCCUUCUCUCCCUCCUCCUUCCAUGUCUCCCCCAACCUCUCCCCGCCCCUUCCCCCUCCCCGACGCCGGCGCUGCCGUCCCUGCCGCUCUCGCCGUUCAACGAGCGCCUCGACGCGGCGUACAUCGCCUUCCAGGCAUGGAAGCACGUCAUCACCGAGGACCCCAAGAACCUGACCGCUGACUGGUGCGGCCCCUUCGUGUGCAACUACACCGGCGUGUUCUGCGCCGCCGCGCCCGACGACCCGUGCAUCCUCACCGUGGCGGGCGUCGACCUCAACCACGGCCGCAUCGCCGGCGUCCUCACCGACCACCUCGGCCUCCUCGCCGACCUCGCGGUCCUCCACCUCAACUCCAACCGGUUCCACGGCACGCUGCCGACGUCCAUGCAGCACAUGCGCCUCCUUUUCGAGCUGGACGUCAGCAACAACCUCCUCUCCGGCGCCUUCCCGUCCUUCCUCACCUCUCUGCCGUCGCUCAAGUACCUGGACCUCCGGUUCAACGACUUCGACGGCGAGCUCCCGGACGCGGUGUUCGGCCGGCAGCUCAGCCUGGACGCGCUGUUCGCCAACGACAACCGCUUCAACGUGUCGCUGGCGUCGGGGAGCCUGACCAACUCCACGGCGUCGGUCAUCGUGCUCGCCAACACCAAGCUGGCCGGCUGCCUCCCGCCGAGCAUCGGCGACAUGGCCGACACGCUUGUCGAGCUCAUCCUGCUCAACACCAGCAUCAGCUCCUGCAUCCCGCCGGAGAUCGGCAAGCUGAAGAAGCUCAAGGUGCUGGACCUCAGCCACAACGAGUUCGCCGGGGAGCUGCCGGAGAGCAUCGGCGACAUGGAGAGCCUGGAGGUGAUCAACGUGGGGUACAACAUGCUGUCCGGCGCGGUGCCGGAGACCAUCUGCUUGCUGCCGAAUCUGAAGAACCUGACGGUCGUGGGCAACUACUUCUGCGAGGAGCCCGUGUCCUGCCUCCACGUCCCCCGGCGCGACGACCGGAUGAACUGCAUCCCCGACUGGCCGCACCAGCGGUCGCACGAGCAGUGCAUCGCCUUCGAGCACCGCCCGCCGGUGCACUGCGGCGCCGACGGCUGCAUUCUUCCGCCGCCGUGAAAGCCUUUCCGCGUGCAUGGACGCACCCUACGUACCGACGUACGCAUGACAACGCCGCGCACGUGGUUGGUGUUAGUGGUACACGUACCAUAAUUCUAAGCAUCAUUUGUGGGGUUUAGGAGCGGUGAUCAUCAAGAGUCAUCGAAUUAGUUCAUGGUCGCUAAUGCACAGGUUAGUUUCGAUUAUUAAUUUGUGUCGUCAGUGCGCGCGUGCGUGUGUUUGGUGGGUGCAAGGUAAGGUGAGGAGGAAUAUUGAACUGCAAGUGUGGUGUCCCUUUAGCCUUUUGUUGCUGCACAUAAGUGCCACAGCUGAUGCUCUCAAAACAAAAGUGUGACAUGUAAACUAUGGCUAAAAUAAGGAUUUGAGCAAUAAAGUCACUUUACGACUGUUUUCCGAUGCA